UUUCCGGACGCUGCUCGCGAUGCAUGCGCAGGAUCUGCUGGUUGUCGGAGUAGCCGUGGUGCUGCUGGUGGCAUUGGUACAGCACGUGUCACGCAACUGGCGGCUAUGGAGGAGCGUGGGCUGCCUUCCGGGUCCUCCGGCUCUGCCCAUCGUAGGGACCGCCUGGCUUUUCGUCAUCACUAAGCGCGAAGGUUUGCUGGCACUGUUACGGAAGAUAAUGAAGAGCCACGGGGCAGUCUUCCGCAUGUGGUAUGGAAAUUUGCCAGAGGUCCACAUAAUAAAAGCAGAGAAUAUUGAGAAAGUUCUCAGCAGCUGCGACCUCAUCACAAAAUCUGUGCACUACACAUUCCUGAGACCGUGGCUGGGAGAAGGUCUCCUUACCAGCACUGGGAAUAAAUGGCAGAGGCGGAGGAAAAUGUUGACUCCUGCGUUUCACUUCAAAAUUCUGGAAAACUUUGUGGGUGUUUUCGCAGAGAAGUCGAAGGUGUUAAUAGAAAAACUGAGAAAGAACGCGGAGGGACCUGAAUUUGACAUCUACCCGUCCAUAGCGCUUUGUUCACUCGAUAUUAUUUGCGAGACUGCAAUGGGCACAUGUGUCAACGCCCAAGAGGAUGCUGGGUCUGAGUACGUUUCGGCAACCUGCUCAGUGACGGAGCUGACGAUGAAAAGAAUGUUGGAACCCUGGCUAUACCCCGACUUCGUAUUCCGCAUGACGCCAUCGGGUAGACAGUACUACAAGUGCCUCGACACGGUGCAUCAGUUUUCCAAGCAGGUAAUAACUGAGAGGAGGAAACAGAGACAACGCAGUGCAUUCAACGUACGUGCACUAAGCCAAGACGACACAGGUGUGAAGAAUCGCGUCGCUUUCUUGGAUUUACUACUGGAUAUGUCCAUGAAUGGGGAAAAUCUUGACGACGCUGAUAUCCAGGAGGAAGUUGACACUUUCAUGUUCGAGGGUCACGACACAACUGCCGCUGCGAUGUCUUGGGCCGUCUUCUUGCUUGGACAUCACCCAGAUGUUCAGCGAAAGGCUUUCGAAGAACUAAACGAAAUAUUUCAAGGGUCCGAUAGGCUUCCCACAUUUCAAGACUUACAGAACAUGAAGUACCUGGAGAUGGUCAUCAAGGAGACGCUCCGUCUGUACCCAAGCGUCCCUUUUAUCGGUCGUAUCAAUUCAAAGGAAUCAGAAAAUGGUGGCUACAAGCUGCCAGAGGGCGUGAUGUUGGUCCUGCAUGUCCACGAGACUCACCGCGACCCCAAAUACUGGCCGGACCCAGAGCGCUUCGACCCGGACAACUUCCUGCCGGAGAGGGUGCAGGGCAGGCACCCCUUCGCCUACGUGCCCUUCAGCGGUGGACCCCGCAGCUGCAUAGGGCAAAAAUUCGCACUGCUGGAAGAGAAGACUGUCCUCUCUUCACUAUUGCGGAACUAUGUCAUUGAGUCUGUAGAGAGACGUGAAAAUAUGAAAGUCACUGCAGAGCUCAUUCUUCGCCCCAUGAAUGGAAUCAAGGUGAAGCUGAGGACCAGGUGUUCAAAGUGGGCCUCUGCAUUUUGGUCUUUACCAGCUGCCAAUAGAUAUAAAGCAAGAAAUUUGGAGCCCUAGAUGAUUCAAAGGAAGUUUAACUCACUUUUAACCACUUGUUGUAGAAAUUGUCUGAUUAUUUAGAUUCAAAGGGUGAAAAAACUGUUUGCAAUACUACUUUUAACAAUGUAUAACUGUAAGCAGAAAUGUUUCCAUAAAUACAGUCUUUGAUUUUCAUCAGUUUAAUCAUGUAAAUAAAUUAAUAGUGCCUUACCAUGUAUCAAGAAA